AUGGAGCUGGAGGUCUCCACGCCAACAAAGGAAUCCUCCCAGUCCGCGCUUCUGGCGCUGCGGAAGCCUGGGCAGGCCAUGGUGAUCGACUUCUUUGCCCCCUGGUGCAAGGCGUGCCCCAAGGCAGCACAAAAGCUUGAGGAGAUGUCGAAGAGCUAUGGCGAUCGCUGCCAGUUUGUCUUGGUGUGCGUGGACGGCUCAGCCGCAGAGGCCCAAGCAUUCGCGGACCAGCACGGGAUCGAGGGCUGCAUCGUGACGGCUGUGGUGGACGAGGAUGCCCCGCAAAGCUACGGCGUUUCGGGGCUGCCGCACCACACAGUCAUUGCGCCGAACGGAAAGGUCUUCAAGAACUACGAGGUCUCCCUGCCGGAGGACCUGGACGCCGCGUUGGCUGGCGAGGGCUCGCUCAUGCCGAUUCCGCGGCAAAGCCGCGUUUCGGAGGAGUACCGGCGGUUGGAGAAGCAAGACCCGCUGCUCAAGGAGAAUCCGCAGCGUUGGGUCAUGUUCCCCUUGCAGCAUCCUGAAGUGUGGGAGAUGUACAAGAAGCACGAGGCCUCGUUCUGGACCGCCGAGGAGAUCGACCUGGCACAGGACAGCAAGGAUUGGCUCACCUUGAAUGAGGGUGAGCAGCACUUCAUCAAGCACGUGCUUGCCUUCUUCGCGGCCUCGGACGGCAUCGUCUUGGAAAACCUGGCGAUGGAGAACAUCCACUCCGAGACGUACUCCCUCCUCAUUGAGCAGUACAUCAAGGACCCACAAGAGCGGGAGAGCCUCUUCGAUGCUAUCCACACGAUGCCGCCGGUUCGUGAGAAGGCGCACUGGGCCCUUCAGUGGAUGAAUCGCGAGAGCAGCUUCGCGGAACGCCUCGUGGCCUUCGCUGCCGUGGAGGGCGUGCUUUUCUCCGGAUCCUUCUGCGCCAUCUUCUGGCUGAAGAAGCGAGGGUUGAUGCCGGGCCUGACCUUUUCCAACGAGUUGAUCUCCCGCGACGAGGGCCUACACGCGGACUUUGCCUGCCUCCUCUACCAGAUGCUGCAAAACAAGCUCCCAGAAGACAUCGUGCACGACAUCAUCCGUGGUGCAGUGGAGGUGGAGCGAAAGUUCAUUUGCGACGCGCUGUCGUGCGACCUCGUCGGCAUGAACAAGGACCUGAUGACGCAGUACAUCGAGUUUGUUGCAGACCGGCUGCUGACGGCUCUUGGCCACAGCAAGAUCUUCGGGGCGUCGAAUCCUUUCGACUGGAUGGAGCUCAUCUCGCUGCAAGGCAAGACCAACUUCUUCGAGAAGCGGGUGGGCGAGUACCAGAAGGCGGGUGUGAUGGCUGGUGCCACCGACUCCCUAAGCGCCUUCUCACUGAACGAAGACUUCUGA